UCUACUAUGUAUUACAAACAUCUUCUAUGACGACAUGUUAAUACCGCAUAUUCACCCUUUACAGUUGGAUGAUUUUCAAGUACAAAUAUGUGCCCAAGUAGGUGUAUAUAGAAAGAUGGAAGAGCAAUGAUAAUAGCAAACAACAAUUCAUGUAGCUAAAUAAAGGCUGUACUAUUUCAUCUACCUUGGUAUUCCCUAUUACCUAUCAAGAGAAGAGCAAUCUGCAUAACCAAUUGUCAAUCACGGUCUUAGAUUUUCUAUCAACGUAUCAUAUCAUCCCUUUCCCUAGGUAAUUACCUAGUUAAACCCUAAUUGAAGCUAACACGCGCCGCGAACACCGCAAUGACGUCCCAACUCGUUUUCCAACUAAGCGGCUCUUGUAAUAACUACCCCUGGGGCAAGAAGGGAAAGCAAUCCUUAGCAGCACAACUAUGCGCACAGACUCCCGGGACGGGUUUCCAUAUCAAAGAUGACGAGUUCUAUUCAGAGAUGUGGUUUGGAGAUUACCCAGAUUUCCCUGCUCGUAAGCUAGAUACGGGUGAGCCGCUGGCCGAAGUGCUCCAGGGGAACAAAGAACAGCUCCUCGGGAAGAAGGUCACUGAGAAACUGGACGCCCAGCUACCAUAUUUGCCCAAGAUCCUCUCAAUAGCGAAAGCCCUUCCGCUACAGAUUCACCCGAAUAAAGAACUCGCAAAAAAGCUUCACGAGAAAGAUCCAGACAACUUUACCGAUCCAAAUCACAAGCCUGAAAUUGCGGUCGCACUGUCUAAAUUCGAAGUAUUCGCCGGAUUCAAACCGCUUGAGCAGAUAGCGCCCCUUUUCCAGUUACCACAACUUCGACAGUUCAAUCCGGAGCAGCCAGAGAAAUGGACAGAUGAGACGCUACGUACCGUGACCGGGAAUCUACUCAAAUCUGAUCUCGAUACGGUUAAAAAAGUUCAGACGGAACUCGCAACAAUCCCGAGAGACAAAUUAGGUGAUGCGGCCUAUAUUUUGGACCUGCUCCCUCGUCUCCAGGAUCAGUAUGGCCCAGAGGACGCAGGCAGCCUAGUUGCGCUUCUGUGCAUGAAUUUCAUGGUAUUUAAUCCCGGAGACGCGAUAUGGAUUCCCGCCGACGGGAUCCAUGCGUACUUGGCCGGCGAUAUCGUCGAGUGCAUGGCUCGAAGCAACAACGUGCUCAACACCGGCUUCUGUCCACCUGGAGACCGCAACAACGUCGACCUGUUUGUGAAUACCCUGACGUUCAAAGCUCAUAGCAGGGACGACGUGUAUCUUCCGAGCCAGAAGUCGGACAAGAGCAAAACCGGAAAGACGAUGGUAUAUAAGCCACCGAUGAGUGAAUUUGACAUGCUCAAGACGGACUUGGGCGCCGGCGAGAGUGAAGAACUUACUAAAAGCGACGGGCCCGGCGUGAUGAUUGUAACUUCUGGGAAUGGGGUGAUGCACGCCGACGGUGCACAACACCAGCUCAAAGAGGGAUUCAUCUUUUUCAUCGCCCCAGGUAUUCCGGUCAAACUAGAGAGCAAAAGUGGCCUCCAGAUUCACAUGGCUAUCGUAUGAAGCAUAAAACUGAGCACUAUGGGGGACGCAUCAUGAGCUGCAGUAGAAACCCGGGGCUACAGAAUAAUGCGCAUGGCUGGUAUAAACCAUAAACCUAAUAGAUUUACGUCAUCUCUGGAUGUCAGCGAGCGCUAGCGAUGAUGGUACAAAUAAUAUUUUCAGUUUUAUACCCUUACCUAGGUAGUUAAGUCGUAGCAGAUUCAUUAGAACGUGAUUGAGAAAAUAGAGGACCAAGAAUGAGUA